AUGGCUUUCACCGCCGACCGCGCUCCGUUCGUGCCCGUUCGGAAGCACAAGGCCAGUACAAGUCCGCCGCAGUCUCCUGUGCCUUCCACGCCGUCCUCUCGCUUCUCUCGUCCCGAGCCAGCCCAACCUCUCUUCGCCGCCCCUCCUCUGCGACCUCUCUCGACCCCUCUCGGCCCGAGUACCGCGCACAAUGUCCCGUCAUACACCGCACAGGCAGGUCCUCUCUCGGCGCGCAAGGUUGUCGCAGCCCCGAACGAUCUCUUCGCCCCGUCCUGCCCCUCGUCGCCGCUCCCUCCGCCUUCUUCAGCACCUCGGAUCCGUGCAAAGAUCACGCCCUUGGCCGCACCGCGACGGAAAGCGCUGCCCGGCGCGGAGCAUGCGGACGUACCCGUUUCCAGCGGCUUCAGCCCGCUCAAACGCGCUCCUCCGCCCAGCGUUUCACCUGUUUCGCCGCCUGCGAACGGGUUCGGAGGGUUCGGCGCUUUCCCUAAGGUCUCGCAUGUUGCACAGAACUGGGAAGUGGGCGCACUGAGGGGCGGAAUGUCGGGCCUCGGGUUGGGCUCGAUCAGCGAGGUCGAAAGCCGGAGUGUCAGGAAGGGAGGGAGGGACAACGUUUUGGUCUGCGUCAGGGUCCGACCGCCGGCCGCCAAGCUCGCCGCCUCGAACCAGAUUGUGGACGAGAUUGCCUGGGAGGUUGACCGGGCUAAUGGACGACUCGCGCAAAGUACCGGCGGACCCGACUACUUCUUCGACUCGGUCGUAACCGGCUCGCACAACUCCGACGUGUACGACGAGGCAGGGCGGGACCUUGUGCUCGACGCGAUGGAAGGCUUUGAUGCCGUGAUUUUUGCGUACGGUCAAACUGCGUCCGGCAAGACAUUCACGCUUUCCGGCAACAAUAGCAAUCCCGGCAUCAUCCCUCAGGCCGUGUCGGAGAUCUUCACCUACAUCCGCGACCAUCCGGAGAAAGAGUUCCUCCUGCGCGCUUCUUACCUCGAAAUCUACAACGAGUCGCUGAAGGAUCUGCUCGACCCGACGGCGGGUCCCGUCAAGAUCAGGCAGGAUGAGCAGAAACGCUUCUUCGUUCACCCGCUGCGGGAAGAGGUCGUCACGACGGAGCAGCAAGUUGCGGACUUGCUCAAGCGAGGCGCCGACAACCGACAUGUUGGCCAGACGGACUUCAACGAGCGAAGUUCUCGAUCUCACAGCGUCUUCCAGAUGACUAUCGAAUCUCGCGACAACUCGGCGUCAAGCUUCCCUGAACCAUCCACGCCCCGUCGCAUGCAGACGCCGAACACGCCUCGCCUCGCACCAGGCUCAGACGGCGUCGUUCGCAUGAGUCGGCUGAGCCUCAUCGACUUGGCGGGAAGCGAGCAAGCGACGAGUCAGCUCGAGCGGCGAAGCGAAGGCGCCUUCAUCAACAAGAGUUUGCUUACGCUCGAGAAGGUCAUCGCCUCGUUAACGAGCGAUGCGAAGCAGAAGCCGCAUGUCCCGUACCGCGACUCGAAGCUUACGCAGAUCCUGCAGCCGUCGCUGUCAGGAGACGCUCGCGUAGCCGUCAUCGCGACGAUGAACCCGUCGCCGGCUGCCAUCGAGGAGACAAAGUCAACUUUGCGGUUCGCCCAGCGAGUCAAGCGGGUUGUGCUGAAGGCGGUACAGCACGAGGUUGUCGAUGACAAGGCGCUCAUCACCAAGUACCGGUCACACAUCGCAAUGCUCGAAGCUCAGCUCAAGGCGACGCUAGCGGGUAACACGGCCCCGAACACGCCUUCGCAGGCAGAUCUUGCCGCAGACCAGAGUCGAAAAAAGCAGGCCGAGCGGGUCCAGGAUCUCGAGCGGCAGGUCGAAGAGUUCCGCUCUCUGUUCUUGACGAGCCAGAACAUUGAGAAGCGACGGCAGAGCGCGCUUCCUCCUCGACCUGUCUCGCCAAUCAAGGUCGCUCGCUCCUCCACUCCGCCAGCCGAUAUAGCCGCUCUCGAGGAGAAGCUCCUCGAUGCGCAAGACGAGAUUGCCGCGCUCAAAGACGAGCGCGACGAGCUGAAGUCGCGAGUCGCCGAGCUCGAAGCGGACCGACUCUCAACACUGCAGAAAGACGCCUCAGCAUCCGACUCGGACAAGGACGCCCGGAUACUUGAGCUCACGAAGGAGAACCAGGAGCUGCUGGUCAUCGUCAGGAAUGCCGACGUAGAAGGCGAGAUGAAGCGGCAAGAGCGCAAGUACGAGCGGCAGCUCGAGAAGCACCGGUUGUACCAGGAGGGUCUGGAGAGUACACUCGAGCAGGAGCGCAAGCGAGUCGCUCAGUUCGAGCGCUUCAUCCUCCAGCACCUCAGCGCGCAGACCGAGGUGCUCGCUGGCCGUCGUCGCUCGUCCGGCGGCAUCACUCAUUCCGCUUCGGUCACCGGCUUCGUCCCUCUCAUGGCCGAGUCCCCACAACUUGACGCCAUCAGCCCUGACUUUGUCGAGCUGGACGACUUGCCGUUCUCCAAGGCGGGCAAGGAGACGAUCUCUCGGUCACGGUCACGGAUGUUCUCCUGA